GCUUUGGGGCGCUGCCUGGGCCAAGCGGAGAUCCGGGUUUGCCUCCCGUCCCCGCUUCGGACCCCGACGUGGUAAGGAGGCCCCAGGAGUAUGAGUGGGCAGCGCGUGGACGUGAAGGUGGUGAUGUUAGGCAAGGAGUACGUGGGCAAGACCAGCCUGGUGGAGAGAUACGUGCACGAUCGCUUCUUGGUGGGGCCCUAUCAGAACACCAUCGGGGCCGCCUUCGUUGCCAAGGUGAUGUCCGUCGGAGACCGAACAGUGACUUUGGGUAUUUGGGACACAGCAGGUUCUGAGCGCUAUGAAGCCAUGAGCAGAAUCUACUAUCGGGGUGCCAAGGCUGCCAUCGUGUGCUAUGACCUCACAGACAGCAGCAGCUUUGAGAGAGCAAAGUUCUGGGUGAAGGAACUGCGCAACCUUGAAGAGGGCUGUCAAAUCUACCUGUGUGGCACCAAGAGUGACCUGCUGGAGGAGGAUCGGCGUCGGCGUCGUGUGGACUACCACGAUGUCCAGGACUAUGCAGACAAUAUCAAAGCUCAGCUUUUUGAGACAUCUAGCAAGACUGGCCAGAGUGUGGACGAGCUCUUCCAGAAAGUGGCAGAGGAUUACGUCAGUGUGGCUGCUUUCCAGGUGAUGACAGAGGACAAGGGUGUGGACCUGGGCCAGAAGGCAAACCCCUACUUCUACAGCUGUUGUCAUCACUGAAUCACCACCACCUGGCCUGGGGGAACUAAACCAAUUCCCGAUGGACCUAGCUGUCUGGGCUUGGGUGGUCAAAUGUCUGAGCUACUCCAUGUUCCCAUGGCAGCAGAGGUGGUACCUGCCUGUGCUGGCCAAUGAAAUGGAGGCAGCAUUGGAACGGAUUGAUGGAGGACUGACUUGAACCCCAGGCUUCUGCCCUGGAUGGUAGUGUGCAGACUAUUUAAAAGUGGCUUCUGGUUUGUAAAUAAAAUCAAUGCACUGUGAAUCACA